CUGACCUCCUGCCCCGAUGUCCUGCCAGCAGAACCAGCAGCAGUGCCAGCCCCCUCCCAAGUGCCCCUCGCCCAAGUGCCCCCCAAAGAGCCCGGCACACUGUCGGCCUCCAGCCUCCUCCUCAGGCUGUGCUCCCAUCUCCGGGGGCUGCGGGGGCCCCAGCUCUGAGGGCGGCUGCUGCCUGAGCCCCCACAGGCGCCGCCGGUCCCACCAAUGCCGGCUCCUGGGCUCCAACUCCUGCGACGGAGGCAGUGGUCUGCAGUCUGGGGGUUCUGGCUACAGUGCAGGGGGCCGCUGCUGA